AUGGAUGUACAGAAGAAGGAUGAAUUACUAAAACAGAUGCGGGAGUACUCCACUGGUAAUUUUGGUGGGCAGCACCGCGACCGCAACCAUCUAUCUGAACAAACCAGUGAAGAUGAAUUCGAUCGGAAGUUAUUUGAACCUACACAUACUGUUCAAGAUGGUGACGAAGCUGUGGGUAACAAGGGACAUGGAUUGCACAUGAACGUUGUUGAUGAUGAUGGAAUCAUAUGUCACCAUGCGCAAGGUGCACCUGGUCAUACUGUGGUAGAUGAUCCAUAUGAUUUCAUCUACCAGAACCUACCACAGAGACAUAGGCUGAGCAAAGUCCCUGACUACGAUUACUGUGGUGCAAUUAGAUUUCAGAGAAAUGGUGCUUUUCCAAACUUGGAUGACUACCGGAUUGAACUCAACACAAAUAUUACGCCUGACCAGAGAAGGUACAAUGCCCCAACAGCAUCCCAAGUUGCUGCUAUCUGGAUGGAAGGGAAUGAUCCACAGAGGUGUUUUGAUAGGAGUGUCGUUGUAUAUGGCAAGACCGAUCGUCGUCCGCAGUAUAUCCGAGCAUACCAUGGUUGUUAUGACCCAUUAGCUUAUCCUAUAUACAACCCACGAGGGGAAACAGGAUGGAACAAGUUCAUGCCAUAUAGUGGGGAUCCCGUAACUCCACCAUCUGCAACCCUGGCUUCUACUAAUAAUGUUAAUUACAUGGAUGAUGAGACAACACGUGGUGAUCAAGCUGAAAAUAUUAACGAUAAUCGGGCGGAAGAAGGCAACAAUGACAUACAAGAAGGUGACAUGCUAAGUGGAGUUGCGGAUGCAGCCCAGCCCACAAGAUAUGUAACUGCACGAGAAUACUACUGCUUCAAAUUGCAAGUUAGACGGGGACUUUUUAACAUAGUGUUAUUUGGAGGACGUCUUUUCCAGCAGUGGGCGGUGGAUAUGUAUAUAAAGAUUGAGUCUAUGAGGCUAGAUUGGUACUCUAAUCCUGAGAACCAAAAACUGAUAUGGGCAGAGCUAUACCAGGGACUGGUUGAUGUUAUCUCUACUGGAGAGACGCAGGGUUCUAAGGUUGGCAAAAGAAUUGUCUUACCAAGAUCAUUCCCAGGAUGUGAUCGAGACAUGCAACAGAGGUUCCUUAAUGCUAUGGCUAUUGUGCAGCGUUUUGGAAAGCCAGAUUACUUUAUCACCAUGACAUGCAAUCCCUACUGGGAAGAGAUAACAAGCAAUCUCGAACCAGGACAAGAACCACAAGAUAGGCCAGAACUGGUUGCAAGAGUAUAUAGGGCAAAGUUGCGGGAUCUAAAAGAUUUGUUGAUCAAGAAAAAGUAUUUUGGUGAAGUUGCAGCAUACGCCCAUGUAACUGAGUUCCAAAAAAGGGGGCUACCACAUGAGCACUUCCUACUCAUCAUGAAGUCGGGGAGUAAGUUGACAACCCCAGAUGCAUAUGACCGAGUUAUUUCAGCAGAGAUACCAGACAAGGACAAAUAUCCAGAGUUGCAUGAUCUGGUAAUCAGUCAUAUGCUCCAUGGACCAUGUGGCGCGCUAAACAAAAAUUGUGGAUGCAUGGUGGAUGGAGAGUGUCGCUUUCAGUACCCUAGACAGUUCUGUGAGGCAACCCAACAAGGAAAGGAUUCCUAUCCUACCUAUAGGAGAAGGGAUGAUGGACGCCGAGUCAGGAUUAGAAGAGCAGAGUUAGAUAAUAGGUGGGUGGUGCCAUACAACCCUGGUCUACAAAUGAGGUACAACUGCCAUAUAAAUGUUGAAGCAUGCUCAAGCAUUAAAGCAGUGAAGUAUCUAUUUAAGUAUGUAUAUAAAGGCCACGAUCAAGCAUCAUUCUCGGUAAAUGCAGACCAAAAUGAUAGAGAUGAUGGUGUCAUCAAUGAGAUACAACAGUACAGGAAUGCUAGGUACAUAUCUCCACCAGAAGCCGUGUACAGGAUAUUUGGUUUCCCGAUGUUUGGAGUAUAUCCGGCUGUAUUGCAGCUCCAACUUCAUUUGCCAGGAAUGCAGUCUGUGACAUACAAUGAUGAGGAAAACCUAGAGGAAGUUGUGAGUCGCCCAGGAUCUAAUAGGACUACACUGACAGAGUAUUUCAGUACAAACCGUGAAGAUAGGGUAGCAAGGAAAAUAUUAUAUAGAGAGUUUCCAGAACACUAUCGUUGGAUCACAGGGAGAAAAGUAUGGCAAGGAAGAAAACAAGCAUCGGGACAGAUAGGCCGAAUUGUCUAUGCUAACCCUGCUGAAGGGGAGAGAUACUUCUUAAGAGUUCUACUGAAUCAUGUGAGAGGUGCAACAUCAUAUGAGGAUUUAAGAACAGUGGUCGGUGUCACCUACUCUACUUUUAGGGAAGCAUGUGAGAAAAGAGGGCUAAUCGAGACAGACCAAUCAAUCAAUGACUGCUUGACUGAGGCCACCACAUUCCAAAUGCCAUGUGCCUUGCGAAGGUUGUUUGCUACCAUACUUGUAUUCUGCGAGGCCACUGACAUACGUGGACUAUGGGACAAGCAUAAAGAUGCUCUAGGUGAAGACUUCAGUCGGGACAACGGCAACACAUCGAUAGUGGAGCAAAUGGUGCUCAGAGACAUACGAGAUAUGCUUUACUCGAUGGGGAAAGAUAUUAGACAUUAUGGUCUGCCACCUAUUUCUGAUGAGGCUCCAAGCUCUGUUGACAUGAUGAGGGAGGUUAUAGAGGAACAAAAUAUCCCUAUAGACCAAGACCAUUUAGAUAUUUUUGAUUCUCUUAAUGAGGAGCAGAGAGAAGGAUUUGAUGAAAUCAUUCAGCAUGUCUUUGCCAAUAAGAGCCAUGUUUUUUUUGUUGAUGGUCCAGGAGGCACCGGGAAGACGUUUCUAUACAAGGCUCUCCUUGGUAGAGUUCGAUCCAAAGGAUUAAUUGCCAUUGCAACAGCCACAUCUGGUAUAGCAGCAUCAAUAUUGCCCGGAGGACGCACUGCACACUCCAGAUUUAAAAUACCAAUUAAAAUUGGGGACAACAGCAUGUGCAGCUUUACAAAACAAAGUGGUACUGCAGAGUUGCUUCGUAGGGCAUCUUUGAUUAUUUGGGAUGAAGUUGCCAUGACUAAGCGUCAGUGUGUCGAGACACUUGAUAGGUCCCUCCAGGAUAUCAUGGGAUGUGCUUUGCCAUUUGGAGGAAAGGUCAUGGUAUUUGGUGGAGACUUUAGACAGGUCCUCCCUGUGGUGACACGUGGGACAAGAGCACAGGUAACUGAUGCUACUUUGCAAAGAUCCUAUUUGUGGGAUAAAAUAAGGAAGAUAAGAUUAUCACGAAACAUGAGAGCACAGUCAGACCCUUGGUUUUCUGAGUACCUACUACGAAUUGGAAAUGGAACCGAGGAAACCAUUGGAGAUGAUUACGUCCGGCUCCCUGAUGACAUUGUGAUUGGUUAUACUGACACAGAGGUGGCAGUGAACCAACUUAUUCGAGAUGUUUUCCCAUUACUUGAAGAACAUGCAACAUCAGCCGCCUAUAUGAGUUCCUGUGCCAUUCUAUCAACCAAAAAUGACCAUGUUGAUCGGCUGAAUGCAAUGAUGAUUGAGAGGUUUCCAGGUGUCGAAAAGGUUUACCACAGCUUUGACACUAUUGUUGAUGAUCCUCGGAAUCACUUUCCUAUUGAUUUUUUGAAUUCAAUAACUCCAAAUGGACUCCCCUCGCACGAGCUUAAGCUGAAAAUCAAUUGUCCUGUGAUUCUUCUCCGCAAUCUUGAUCCGAACAAUGGCUCUGUCACACCCGGAUGUUCAUCUGACUGUUCUGGGAGCGUAUGUGAAGAAAUGGAAGAAAUGGCAGGUUCUUGUAGCACAUCUGACAACAGUCAAGUCGACAGUAAUGGAACAUGGCUGAUGGCCAGCGAGGAGGGAGUGUGA